AAUUCAGAUCCCGACAGUAGACGUAAAUAGCAGAAAGAAACGAAAGUCCAUUCAUCUUACUCUACUGAAGGAAGAAGGAGAGGAAGAAGAGUUCCAUUACCAAUCUUCCGCUCGCGGGAGGAGAAAACAUUUUCAUCCCAGUUUCUCUGCGCGCUGGAUUGGCCGCCAACGUUCGUUAACCGGUCUGCUUGUUGAUUAACUGCUGCUACUACAAUGGAUAUCUCGAAUUUUAGUCGCGGCCAGCUGACCGUGAUGGGGUCAGGAUUGAGUGUGAUGCUCACGAUGCACUUCACGGUGCAGCUCGUAUCUCAGCAUCUCUUCUACUGGAAGAACCCUAAAGAGCAGAAGGCCAUAAUCAUUAUCCUCCUCAUGGCUCCUAUAUACGCUAUUGUUUCGUUCGUGGGUUUGUUGGAUAUACGCGGAAGUGAAGCUUUCUUCAUGUUUUUAGAAUCGAUCAAGGAGUGUUAUGAAGCUUUGGUGAUCGCCAAGUUCUUGGCUUUGAUGUAUAGUUACCUCAACAUAUCUAUGAGCAAAAAUAUUGUCCCAGAUGGAAUCAAAGGGAGAGAGAUUCACCAUUCUUUCCCGAUGACACUUUUCCAGCCUAAGACUGUGCGCCUUGACCACCGAAAUCUGAAGCUCAUCAAGCACUGGACCUGGCAAUUCGUCAUCAUCCGCCCUGUAUGUUCCAUCCUGAUGAUAACACUGCGAGCUCUCCAGAUAUACCCUUCAUGGUUGAGUUGGACGUUCACCAUAAUCCUUAACGUCUCUGUAUCUCUGGCACUGUACUCCCUGGUACUCUUCUACCAUGUCUUCGCAAAGGAGUUGGCACCUCAUAGUCCACUUGCAAAGUUCAUGUGCAUCAAGGGUAUCGUCUUCUUUUGCUUCUGGCAGAGUAUUGUGCUCGAGGUGCUCGUUGCCAUGGGGAUCAUCAAAUCCCAUCAUUACUGGUUGGACGUAGAGCAUUUGGAAGAAGCUUACCAGAACAUCCUUGUCUGUUUGGAAAUGGUUGUAUUCGCACUUCUCCAGCAGUAUGCCUACCCUGUUACCCCCUAUAGUGGAGACGUACAAGCCAAGUUGAAGAUGAAUAAGAAGAAUGAAUGAAUUUUACGAUAUCAGGCCAUUACUGCACUACACAUCAAUAAAUGCAAUGUAUGCUUCGAAGAUCCUCAUGACCUCUACCGCCAUCUUGUCCCUGAUCAUUGGAAGCACAUUCAGAACGAACGUAUGCAUUCAUUUCGUAAGUACAAAGAUGUUGCAGUGUCUCUCUAUCUACCUCUCUUUGUCUUACAAAUGUGGUUUGGUCUGGUCUUUUGAGUGUUCUAUGUGAUCUGCGAAUCUAGUUUGUCAAUGGAACCUAUUUCAAAACUUAUAUCCGAAUCUUCGAGAUGGUGACUGGGGGUUUGCAUAGCAUGGUGUUCUUAUUGCUGCUGUGUGCUGGUUAACACAUUGUUUAGCAGUGGCUUUAUGUUUCGGCUGAUUUUGAUAUCUGGCAACCAGUAAUCAUCAGAAAUCCUGAUUUCUCCUUCUUGAGUGGGUUUUCUUCUUUGUGUGCAUAUUCAUUGCUCAAUAGUCGUGAACGGAUUGAGUCGAGGCCAAAACCUGAAACAAGAUGGC